AUGUACACUAAGAGAGCAAGGAGACAGGGCAAUUUGGGUCUAUUGAGAUUUAUCUUGAGUUUUACCCUCCUUCCGUCUUUGUCUCCCUUGCUGCUGCUGCUGCCGGCGCUGCUGGCGCCCACAGCCGCCUGGGCCUUUCUGGAUCCUUCCGGUGUGUCUGGGGGCGCCCUGUUGCCGCCGCAGCAGCUGCUGCAGUUCCACAGUCCGUCUUUUUCCACCCCCUCGCUUACCCCUCUCUCUGUAAUCCCCAGUGCCACAUCGAAGCAGCAGCUGCCUGCCGUCGGCUUGAGCUGCCGCCUCAGCCGCGCUCAGCCCGACGGGAUCGAGUGCAGGGAGCUUCUCCGCCCGCUGCAGACCCGCCCGGGACGCACCGCUUCUCACAUCCCGCAGACAGCAGAAGCAGCAGCAGUGAAAUCCGCAACGGCUGCAGCAGCAGCAACAGCGAACACACAACACAUGGUGCCACCAACAGCUCCGGGGCUCUCGUCGCCCCUGACGGGGCCUCAAAAGGCCCAAGUGGAGGAAGUGGCGAGGCAGAGCGGCCCUUGGAUGAGAGAUAGUGACCCGCUGGCUGCCUACGUGCAGAUGCAUGGCGGGAAACGGCCCAUCCGUCGCAUUUUGAUUGCAAACAAUGGAAUGGCAGCAACGAAGGCAAUCGCCUCUAUGCGUCAGUGGACUUUCGAGACCUUCGGAGACGCAAAUCUGUUGACAUUUGUGGUUAUGGCCACCCCUGAGGACUUGGAGGCUAACAGUGAGUUCCUGAAGAAGGCAGAUGCUAUCGUUCCUGUUCCCGGCGGACCCAGCCGAGAGAACUACGGCAAUGUGUCUCUUAUUUGCGAGACAGCGGUCAAGCAAAAGGUGGACGCGGUGUGGCCUGGCUGGGGUCACGCGUCUGAGAAUCCGGAGCUGCCCACGCGUCUAGCUGAAUUGGGUAUUUGUUUUAUGGGCCCCAAUGCAAAAGUGAUGGCAGCGCUUGGAGACAAAAUUGCGGCCAACAUCUUGGCCCAGACGGCCAACGUGCCUUCUAUUCCCUGGAGUGGUGACGGCCUAAAGGCGCAACUCAAUGAAGAAGGGUCAAUUCCGGAAGAGGUCUUUAAGGCUGCCACGAUUUCCACAUUGGAGGAGUGCCGCGCUGCUGCGGACCGCGUGGGGUAUCCGCUGCUGCUGAAGGCAUCUGGGGGCGGCGGCGGCAAAGGUAUUCGUCUUUGCUACAAGCCGGAGGAGCUGGAAUCGGCUCUGUCUCAGGUGAAGGCUGAGGUUGUGGGGUCACCUGUGUUCCUCAUGCAGCUGUGCGAGAGGGCAAGACACAUUGAAGUCCAGAUCGUAGGAGAUUCAUUCGGAAACGCUGUGGCUCUCUCGGGCAGAGACUGCUCCACGCAAAGGCGAUUCCAGAAAAUAUUUGAAGAGGCACCGCCCACAGUUGUCCGGCCUGAGACGUUCAAGGAGAUGGAACGUGCAGCCCAGCGCCUGACGCAGUCACUUGGCUACGAGGGCGUGGGCACAGUUGAGUACUUGUUUAACCCAGCAACGGAUUCCUUCUAUUUCUUAGAGUUGAAUCCCAGGCUGCAGGUGGAGCACCCGGUGACUGAGGCGGUCACGGGCCAGAACUUGCCCGCCCUGCAGCUACAGGUUGCCAUGGGUAUUCCCCUUAACAGAAUCCCUAGCAUCAGAUCCUUCUUCGGCAGAGACCCCACGGGCACUGACAAGAUCGACUUCCUUAAAGAAGACUACAUGCCACUUAAGAUGCAUUGCAUUGCGGCCCGUGUGACGGCAGAAAACCCGAGCGACGGCUUCCGGCCUACGAGCGGCCGGGUGCAUUCGCUGAGUUUCAAUCCACCGGAGAAGGUGUGGGGCUACUUCUGUGUGGGGACAAAAGGAGCCUUGCAUGCUUACGCAGACUCCCAGUUUGGACACGUGUUUGCUGGAGGAUCCACGAGGAAUGAAGCAAGGAAACGGCUGAUUUGGGGUCUGCAGCAGCUGCAGAUUAAAGGGGAUAUAAGAACACCCAUUAACUUCUUGCAGGUGCUGCUGCAACAGCCAGCGUUUGUCAAUCAUACCCUCAAUACGGAGUGGCUCGAUGGUAUCAUCAAGGCCAAACAGCUGCUGCCUUCACCCAAGGCCGAUGAUGUCGUGUUUGCCUCCGCUGCCUUCAGAGCCAUUCAGGCAUUGGAGAAACAGAAGGCGUCUUGGCUGUCUACUGCUGCUCGAGGCCACACAUAUUUGCCACCUGUGGGGCCGCUGCUGUCAGUGGAAGUACCGAUAGCGUGGGAUGGCCAGUUGUACAAGUUGAACUUCACAAGGACUUCCCCAUCGGCCUUGGGAUUUUCAAUCAACAAACAAAAGGGAGAGGUGCAGUAUAGACAACAGUCGGAUGGCUCUUAUCUGUUGUCCAUAUAUUCCGACCCCCCGCAAGAGCAGCAGUCGGAUCAACAGUUGCAACAGAUGCAGCAGCCGCAGGAGCUGCAGCACGGGGUUCACCCGCGACUGCUGCGUUUCAGCGCCACUGAGGAGCCCCUCGGUCUUCGGCUGGAGCUGGGGGACAAUUCUCUGAUGGUUUUAGACCAGAGGGAUCCCUCGGAGAUGCGCUCAGAUGUCAAUGGUCGCCUUGUCAGAUAUCUUGUUGGGGACGGGGAACAUGUUAAGAAAGGACAGCCGUUUGCCGAGGUCGAGGCCAUGAAGAUGAUCCUCACACUGACGGCUGGCGAAAGUGGGGAGCUGAUACAUCGCAAGAGCGCAGGGUCACUGAUUCAGCAGGGAGAGCUGCUGGCCUCCCUGCGUCUAGAGGAUCCUUCGAAGGUGGUUCGUUUGACGCCAUUUGAGGGCUCGCUUGACUUGACAGCUGCUGCUGCAACUCCGGGGGAGGCAGAAGAAGAGACAGCUGAAAACACAGCGAGCCCACCGGCCUCUCCCUCUGCCCUCCAGCUUUCGCCAGAAGCAGCAGCUAAGGAAGUUGCUGCUGCUGCGGAGGCUCGGCUUGAGCUGUUGCUCAGCGGCUUCGUGCAGCAACAAACAGCGCAGCAACUGCUGAACUCGCUGCUCUCGGGCCCCUGCGGAGACUCGCCGCUUGCUUUGGCUGCCUUCACAGAGAAGUGCCUCACGCGCUUCUUGGAGACAGAGGAAUUGUUUGCAGGGAGGGGAAAUGCAGAUGCAGCAGCCGCAGUUGCUGCUGCUACUACAGACACUGAGGGACAGUUUAGGGUGUACGUGUCCCACUACGCCCUCAAACAGAAGACGGAAAUGCUCCUACUACUUCUGAAGGAAUUGGCAGGAAGGCUGACUGCUUCUGGAACCUCCGGUUUCGACUCUUCCAGACUUGAAGGCCUCUUGCGUCGUGUGGGGUCUUUGCGGGGUGUCGCCUACAAUGUCCUUGCCUUGGCGUCUCAGCGACUGCUGAAACAGCUGCUCCUUCCCUCUGUGGCGGAGCGUGUUGAGACGCUGCGUACGCAGCUGCAGCAGCUGCAGAACUUGCAGCAGCAGCAGCAACAGCAACAAUUGCGGGACGAGCUGUUGCAGCUGCCUGAAGAGCUUGGAGGCUAUGGGCUUCUAGCUCACUUGUUCAGAGAUUCCAGUGUUGGCCUUUCAGCUAAGGAAGUGAUGCUGAGGAGGCAGUUGUUGGGACUUGAGGUCCAGUUACAACAGCAGCAGCAGCAGGGUGUCAUCCCGUUCACUUGGAAAGACAUGCUCCACGAGGGCCCUGCGGCGACAGUAAACGCGGGCAUCUUUGCUGCUGUCUCGGGCAUGGAAGACUUGCAGCAGCAGGUGGGGGUGCUGCUGCAGCAACUAGGACAGCAGCAAAAGGCACUCAGUGAAGAGACCAAGGGCGUUUUGCUGCUCAGUUUGCCGGUGGCAACUGCAGAAACAGCGGGAGCUGCUGAAGUUGCAGAUGCAGCAGCUGCGGCUGCAGCAGCAGCUGCUGCAAACUCACCAGACGCUGCAGCAGCACUGAAGAGGCUCCACAGUCUCCGCUUGCUGCUGCCGAGGACAAAUGGAGACGCGCAGCAGGUUACUCUUGUCCCACAGCAGGACCUGCAGUUGCAGGAAGACCCUUUACAACGGGGCCUUUCACUGUCCCAGUUUGUCUUUGGAGAAAUAGAGAUGAUGAGGGGUAAGGGGACUGUGCGACGGUUGCCGUCCGCUGCGGCUGCUGCUGCAGUGCCCCCCGCAGUAUCGACGGAUCUGUUGCUGCACGCUGUCUCCCCGAAGCCGCCGACACCUCCAACUGGUGCUGCAGCGCCUCUGCGUACCCCAGCGCUGCGGGAGACAGUGUACAUACACCGCAUUAUUCCUAAGGCUGAUAUGCUGCUGCAAGGGGAGGGCCUGCAGCAGUUGCUUCAGCACUUGCUGCAGCAGUUGGAGGCAGCCUUCAGGGAUCCUCACGUCCACCCCACAAGCAGCAGCACAGUUGUGCUGCAGCUCCUACAGCCAGAGCCCGAAGAGAGACAGGCAGCGCUGCAGAAGGCUCUCUUCGAGGCAGUCCACACUCUCAAGGCCGAGCAAGGCGAACGGGUGCUGCGGCUGAAUGUGGAAAAGGUGGAGCUGCGGGUGCCUUUAGCAGCAGGUAGGGCGACAGAGGCAGCAAGCGCUGCCAGUGCUGCUGCUUCCCAACAGCAGCAGCAAAUUAUCAGGGCUUCCAGCAGGGGAGGCUGCUGGCUUGAGCCGGAGGAGCUGUCCGUGCCUGGCGCUGUGGCGGAAUACGACGGCGAGUGUGAGUUGCACUCAUCCGCUACGGCGACUUUGAGGCAGCAGACGCAGCCAAAGAAGCAGGUUUUGGGGGCUGAGACCUCAACAGCAGACAGCUCUGCUGCUCCAUCUCCGCUCCUGUCAGAGUUAUCUACCCCGGAAAGCGCUUCCUUUAAAGAAGGGGAGCAGAUGGCGAGUCGGUCUUCAGCAGGCGAUAGCAUGGAGUUCGCUGCCAGUAUCCAAAGCAGCACCUGCAGCAGCGACCGUCUGCCAUUUUCUUGGGGUCGAGGGGGAACUGCUGCUGCUGCAGCUGAGGCGGAGAGGACGGCGCCUCUUGUCCCGCUAAAGGGCGUCAGCGAGGCACAGCUAGCAGCCAAGAGGGCAGCAGCACAACGCGCCGGGAGCACGUAUAUCUACGACUUCCUGGGCUUUAUAAAGACUGAGCUGCAGCAGCAGUGGAGACGCAGCCAACAAAAACUUGAAAAUGCCGGGGACAGCCGGAAGCUUAAAGUGCCGCACAAACUCAUGGAGACGCGGGAGUUUCACAUGGGCCCCGAUGGGAAGCUACAGCUGCAUCGGAAUUGGCAGGUGGGAGACAAUAAAGUGGGCAUGGUAGCAUUUUUGCUGCUACUGCGGACUCCUGAGUAUCCGCAAGGUCGUGAGGUGGUGGUGAUCGGCAAUGACGUGACCUACCAAGGGGGUUCCUUCGGGGUAGAGGAGCACGAGGUGUACAGGCAAGCCUCGGCCUUCGCUCGCAAGCACAAGAUUCCCCGUAUCUACAUAGCGUGCAACAGUGGUGCUCGCAUUGGGGUCUACGAGCAGCUCAAGGAGAAGCUUCAUGUGGAAUGGACCGACCCAGAAAACCCUGCAUUAGGCUUCAAGCACCUGUACAUCACAGAGAAAGACAUGCGCGAAUUGCCUCCAGGCGCCGUUGUGGGCCACUGGAUUCCCACUCCUGCGGGAGCAGAAAGUGAUAUAGGCGACCGUGUAUUUGUUCUCGAUGCCGUUGUGGGGUCUGAGGGACAACACUUGGGAGUGGAGAACCUGCGGGGCUCCGGGAAAAUAGCGGGAGAAACAAGCCUGGCCUAUGAUGAGGUAUUCACUCUGUCUCUUGUCUCUGGGCGCUCUGUGGGUAUUGGCGCCUACGUCGUGCGCCUGGCCCAGCGCUGUAUACAGCAGAAGACCUCGCCCUUGGUGCUAACUGGUUACCAGGCGUUGAACAAGCUACUGGGCAGAGAAGUCUACGUGUCCCAGGACCAGCUUGGGGGCCCCGAAGUCAUGUUGCCUAACGGCAUAGCGCAUUUAGAGGUUGCCAAUGACAAAGCAGGCAUUGCAGAGGUCAUGCGCUGGCUCGAAUUUGUCCCUCCCACCGCGGACGCCACUCACACACCCCAUCUUGAGACAGAUCCCGUCAACCGCGACAUAGAAUUCACCCCGACAUCCACUCCAUACGACCCCAGGCACAUGCUUGCAGGCCAUGAGGUCCCUGCCACUCCGCCCAGUUCCCCUCUCGAGUCAGACGCCGAGGGAGCUGCUGAGGUACCGCAGCAGCAGCACAAAAAGCAUCAGCGGCGGUGGGUGUCUGGGUUCUGUGACAGAGGCAGCUUUAAGGAAGUGCAGGGGCCUUGGGGUGCAGGCGUCGUUGUGGGCAGAGCCAGACUGGGUGGACAGCCAAUUGGUGUCAUUGCGGUUGACCCCAGAACAACCACAGCAGUUGCCCCUGCAGAUCCAGCCAAUGCAGACAGCGCGAGGGUAGAAAUUCCUCAGGCUGGACAGGUGUGGUUCCCUUCUAGCGCGUACAAAACGGCGCAGGCAAUAGCGGAUUUCAACAGAGGCGAAAACCUGCCGCUGAUAAUAUUCGCAAAUUGGAGAGGCUUCUCUGGGGGCACUCGAGACAUGUUCAAUGAGGUAUUGAAGUUUGGCUCCAUGAUUGUGGACGCUCUCCGAGUGUACAAACACCCUGUGUUCGUCUAUAUUCCGCCACACGCCGAGCUCAGAGGGGGAUCUUGGGUGGUCAUCGAUCCCACCAUCAACGCUUCCCAAAUGGAGCUCUAUGCAGAUGAGCUAGCCAGAGGAGGUGUCCUGGAGCCUCCUGGCAUCUGUGAAAUCAAAUUCAGAGAAGCUGAAAGGAGAAAACUCAUGCACAAGAAUGAUAACACGCUCAAACAAUGGCAAGCAGACCUUGCUACAGCCGCCACGCCAAAAGAGGCAGAGAAGAUCAAGCAGAACAUAAAAAAGAGAGAGGAUCAGCUGAUGCCAGUGUACACACAGGUGGCUCACGUUUACGCCGAUCUUCAUGACAGGGCCCCCCGCAUGGCGGCUCGCGGUGGCGUCCGAAGGAUUUUGAGUUGGCCCAAGGCCCGCGAAUUCUUCUACUGGAGAGUCCGCAGGAGGCUGGCGUCCAACAAUGCUGUCAAAAAGUUAAUGGCAGCGGACCCGGCCCUAACAUGGGAUGAUGCCCUUCAUCUCCUUACAACCGAGAUUCCGCAGACGGCUGACUCAGUAGACGACAAGGAGGCAGUGGCGUUCUUUGAGAGCAGCGAAGGCUGUGAGAAGCUGGGGGCUCUGCUGCGCCGCACGGAGGCAGCAAGCUCCCGGCGGGAGCUGCUGCAGCUGGUCAGCCGCCUCUCAGCAGCAGAGAAGAAAGAUGUACUGUCGGAAGUCCAGAGUCUUUUAUCCAAAUGA